AUGACUGUCUCACACGACUAUCCUCAUCGGGGAUCAAAUCACCCGCCAGCCAACAUGCUUGCCCUCGAAGAUCGAUUUGAAGUACUAAAGGAGAUUGGCGAUGGAAGCUUUGGUAGCGUGGCUCUAGCAAGAGUUCGCACUGCCGGAGCCGCGGUCGCUCGCCGGGGCACUGUGGUUGCCAUCAAGACGAUGAAAAAGACUUUCGAGUCUUUCACUCCGUGUCUGGAGCUCCGCGAAGUCGUUUUCUUGAGGACGCUACCGGCACACGCCCACCUUGUGCCUGCUCUGGAUAUCUUCUUGGAUCCCUUCACCAAGAAGCUGCACAUUGCCAUGGAGUAUAUGGAGGGCAACCUCUACCAACUAAUGAAGGCCAGGGAACACAAGGCGCUCGAAAACGCCAGCGUAAAGAGCAUCCUUUUUCAGAUUAUGCAAGGUCUCGAACACAUCCACGCACACAGCUUUUUCCAUCGAGACAUCAAACCCGAAAACAUCUUGGUAUCGACCUCGGGACACAACGAAUCUUCCACAUCUUUUAGAAGAUACUCCUCAAUUGUCAAUCCUCCAGCACAGGCAUACACCGUCAAGAUUGCCGAUUUUGGACUGGCAAGAGAAACCCAUUCGAAACUUCCAUACACGACCUAUGUCUCGACGAGAUGGUACCGAGCACCCGAAGUGCUUCUCCGAGCCGGCGAAUAUUCCGCCCCUGUCGACAUCUGGGCAGUCGGCGCCAUGGCCGUAGAGGUGGCUACACUCAAACCCCUCUUUCCAGGUGGCAACGAGGUCGACCAGGUAUGGAGAGUAUGCGAAAUCAUGGGUAGCCCAGGUAACUGGUACAACAAGACGGGUGGGCGCGUUGGAGGCGGUGAAUGGAGGGAAGGCACCCGCUUGGCAGGCAAGCUCGGCUUCUCAUUUCCCAAGAUGGCGCCCCAUGCUAUGGAUACGAUCCUGCAGGCGCCCCAGUGGCCCGCAUCGCUGAGCCAAUUCGUCACGUGGUGCCUGAUGUGGGACCCCAAGAACAGGCCGACAUCAACACAGGCAUUGGCCCAUGAGUACUUCGCCGAUGCAGUAGACCCCUUGAGACCCAAGUCGUCAGCAUCACGGAUCUUGGGCCGCAAGCAGUCCGAUCUCAACAAGGGCAAGGACUCUGCAAGCUCAACGCCAACGUCGUCCAAGUCAUGGUUUAGAAAAUCAUUGAUUGGUCGUACUGACAGCAACGAGAGUGCUGCUCCAGCUCCAGUGGCCAAGGAUGUGGCUCCCCGGCCGGCCCCGAUCCAUACCGUCAGUGAGAUAAGUCAACCCAAGGCAAGGCCUGCCGCUGCUUCUAGCAAGCGGACCACUUGGACCAAUGGCCCUUCGAAUGUUGCGCCUAUGCCCAUCCUGCCAACCAUCAGGCCGAUAUCUCCCAUGUCGGAUGCCGUGACUGCACAAGCAAGCAACAGGACGCCGGCAUACAACGAUGCCUACGCAAACGCAUCGAGCAACCGGGGUACCGAGAAGGCCUCCAAGAAGAUCGGACGCCAGCUGUCGGUGGCAUCGAGCACAAACCAUUAUGCCGAGAUUCACCGGCAACAGGCUGAGCGUGCCCUCAAUGGUAACGGAGGUCUUGCUUCGCCACCCAGUGGUAAGCAGGAGAAGGAAAGCUUCUUCUCGCACCUCCGCAAGAGGGCACGCAGGUUCUCGGGCCGUCACCAAGCUCCGAUGUCACCCACAUAUGACGACGUCGAGGCUCAGGCCGGAUGCGGACCGUUUGCCAGCAACAGGUCAUCCAUGGUUAUUGAUCAACAAGGACAGGCAGCGGGCAAGGAUUCACACGGCGACUACAUGGGAGCGGCAGACCCUCCGGCUGUACCGGUUCACAACGUGCCAACAAACAAUAAUGGCACCCUGAAAAGGCACCACUCGCUUCCCCAUCACCAACCUCGGUCUGUUGACAACCUAAUGAAUGCAGCUCGCAACGGAAACAAUGUUCCUGGUGGGCCAAUUUCGAGCCGCACGCGGAGAGCACAGGCUGGUCAACCCGGUGGGAUGCAUCAGUACGACGCGCCGGACGAGGAAGACGAGCUCUUGGACGAAGUUCUCACAUCUACGCACAAGGCAAUGACAAAGCUUGAGAACAAGGACAAGGCCCCGCCGCACAGCAAUUCCCACUACAACAACGUUGCGAAGACACCUGCUAGUAACCGAAACUCUGCCGCCGCCGCACAAAAUGCCAGCCUUAACCCGUAUCCGACACCGUCGCCCUCUGCCAACGGGAACUCGAUUCUUUUCGGCGACGGGAGCGAGAACAUGACACCCAAGCCCCUCAGUCUUGACAAGGGCAACACUUCAACACCCACAGACUAUGGCAAGUGGCCAACUCCACCAUACGAGGAGUCCGAAUGGGCUGCGUCUGCAUCAGCGAGCAUCUGGGCUGCGAGUCACCGAUUUUAG